AUGUCAAUUUCACGAGAACGUCUCGAAGAACUAGAAGUCAUAAGAACCAAGCUUGGUGUCAAAUUUGAUAUGGUUUCCUCGAUGACUAUUGCUGUAAUGAAAAGAACCAAAUUAGAUAAAAGUUUUAAUAAUAAUGGUUUUAUUCAGAAUCGAUGCUAUGCAAAUCCAACGUCCAAAGAUAAAUUAAUAAUUUUUGAUACAUCUUUGCGAGACGGCGAACAGUCACCUGGCGUUACUCUUAGUACCGAGGAAAAACUCGAAAUUGCAAGGCACCUUUCGAUUCUCGGAGUUGAUGUAGUUGAAGCGGGUUUUCCAAUUGCUUCAACAGGCGAUUUUGAGGCAGUUGAACGUAUCGCCAAAGAAAUUGGUCCCCUCAUGACUGGACGAGAGAAAAUUGGAAAACCUAUAGUAGUCGCAGGACUUGCACGUACUACUGAAAAAGAUAUAAAACGAUGUUACGAUGCUGUAAGCCACGCACCUUUGCAUCGAAUUCACACAUUUCUGGCCACAUCAGAUAUACAUCUAAAGCAUAAACUUAAGAUCGAUCGAGAAGAAUGUAUUAAACGUGCGGCUUCAGCUGUUUCAUAUGCCAAGAGUCUCUGUGAAGAUGUUGAAUUCAGUUCGGAGGAUUCUGGUAGAAGUGAUAAAGAUUUCUUAUGUAAGGUUUUGGGUAAGGUUAUUGAGGCUGGUGCGACAACUUUGAACAUUCCAGAUACGGUUGGAUACACUAGCCCUUCAGAAUAUGGAGAAUUAAUCAAAUAUUUAAUUGAGAAUACACCUGGAGGCCAUAAAGUAAUUUGGUCGACACAUUGUCACAAUGAUUUGGGUCUUGCCACUGCUAAUACUUUAUCCGGGAUUCAUAAUGGUGCUAGACAGGUUGAAGUGACAAUUAAUGGUAUCGGAGAACGUGCUGGGAAUACUUCGCUUGAAGAAGUUGUCAUGAAUAUCCAUACUCAUCCAGCAUCAUACCCAGUAUAUCACUCCAUUAAUACUCAACAAAUAUAUAAAACUUCUACUCUUGUUUCAUCUCUUUCUGGAAUGGUAAUCCAACCCAAUAAAGCUAUAGUGGGAGCGAAUGCAUUCCUUCAUGAGUCGGGUAUUCAUCAAGAUGGAGUAUUGAAACACAAACAAACCUAUGAAAUCAUGAGACCUGAAGACGUGGGAAUCUUCAAUACAAAUAUAGUUCUGGGGAAACUUUCAGGACGUAACGCAUUUCGUUCACAUUUAAUAGAACUUGGUUAUGGAGAUAUGAAUGAUACCGAUUUUAGUACAGUAUUUGAACGAUUUAAGAACUUGGCAGAUUCAAAAAAACGUAUAACGGAUCAUGAUAUUCUAGCAUUGUUAUCAGAUCAAGUUUCAGGUUAUGGACUUGAAUCACAAUUAUUUCAAUUAAAAUCAAUUCAAGUAGUUUCCGGAACUCACGAGAUGGCCACCGCGACAGUUAAACUUUUUGAUUCAACCAAAAAUCAAGAAUUAAUUGAUGCAGCCAUUGGAAGAACUGGACCUAUUAUGGCAGUGUUUGGUGCUAUUCAAAGAUUAGUGCAAUGUAAGGUACGGUUGUUACAUUACGAAGUACGUGCUGUAUCCGAAGGAAUGGACUCUCUGGCGAAAGUCGUUGUGAAAAUUACUGAAGAUAUUGAUUCAUCGGGAUUAAGUAUAGAAGGUUCAGAAAAACAAUCAGUUGAAUCUAAAGAUUAUAGUUCAGAAGGUGAGAUGAAAUUGACAAAGAGUACAUUCCAUGGUCAUGGAACUGAUGUUGAUGUGAUUUUGGCCAGCGCGAAGGCAUAUGUGAAUGCGAUAAAUAGAAUGUUUGAAAGUAAUAUUCAGGCAACGACAGGAAAGAGGAGAAGUUUUUUGGAAGAAAGGACAGCAAACGUAUAA